UGGCGUCAUGACGCAUUCCGAAACGCUAGCUGGUUAGCUGCGCAGCUAAGGCAGGGCCAUCAUGUUAACCAUCACAGGCUCCCUCCUUAAAACCCCCAGGGUCCUCUGGUGCGUCAGACUGCUGCACUGUUCUCCGCUCAACAAGAUGCCGAUUCAGGUUGGUGAAGCUCUUCCUGCUGUGGAGGUUCAUGAGGGCGAACCAGGGAAUAAAGUAGCAAUGGAUCAGCUGUUUAAGGGGAAGAAAGGCAUCCUCUUUGCUGUACCUGGAGCUUUUACCCCCGGCUGCUCUAAGACUCAUCUUCCAGGCUUUGUGCAGCAAGCUGGUGAGUUGAGGAGUAAAGGUAUAGAUGAGGUGGCAUGCAUCUCCGUCAAUGAUGCAUUUGUCAUGGCUGCAUGGGGAAAGGAGCAUGGAGCAGAGGGAAAGGUUAGAAUGCUGGCUGAUCCCACUGGUGCAUUUGCAAAGGCAGUCGACCUGCUGCUUGACAGUGACAAGAUUGUGCAGGUACUGGGCAACCAACGCUCCAAAAGGUAUGCAAUGCUGGUGGAAGACGGAGUCGUGAAGAUGAUCAAUGUGGAGCCUGAUGGCACCGGCCUGACCUGCAGUCUCUCUUCCAACAUUCUAGCUGAGCUGUAGGCUGCUGCUGCUUCUAAACACACGCCAUCCCCGUCACCUCAUACCCACUCAAGCUUGGCCCUGUUCCCAAAGACGAAUACAAAUGCUGGAGCCUAGUUACAGGAGGAUGGUGAUUAAUGCGCACAAUUAUGACAAGAAGAAAACUUCCUAGGACAGCCCAUUAGUCUUUGUAUACUGUUACUUAAUAGUUACCGUAAUAAACUUGAGUAGUUUCCU